AUGAAAACGGUGAAGGAGUUCUUCAAAAAGGCUGGUUAUGGCCUGUUGUCCGAGGGUGACGUGGACGCUAUAUUGCAAAUGGCGGAUGCUGAUCGCGACGGCAAACUUGGUCUCGGGGAUUUCAGGAAACUGAUUCGUAUCGGCCAAGAGGCUCCGUCUACUGAGGUCGAUGCUCUAACAACUGAAGGCGAUGUUGUGCCCACAGAGAAUGGUGGUUUGACCACUGAAGGCGACGGUGUGCUCACAGAGAAUGGUGGUCUGACCACUGAAGGCGAUGGUGUGCCCACAGAGAAUGGUGGUCUGACCACUGAAGGCGAUGGUGUGCCCACAGAGAAUGGUGGUCUGACCACUGAAGGCGAUGGUGUGACCACAGAGAAUGGUGGUCUGACCAUUGAAGGCGAUGGUGUGCCCACAGAGAAUGGUGGUCUGACCACUGAAGAAAACAAUGAGCCUAUGGAGAAUGGUGAUCUGAUCACAGAGAGCGCUACUGUGCCCACAGAAUCGCAUUCUCCAACUAGUGGAGGCAACAUCCCAUCUACAGAAGUCGAAGCUUUAACCUAA